UCAACAUAAGGAAAAGGGACAACAGGGAAAGGGUGCUUCUGCUGCUUAGAGGUUACACUAUAAACCCCUCUAUUGAUUCCACCAUUUCCAUUUGUAUCCAUCCACCACCCACAUGCUUUGCACGGAUUCCCUAUUUCUCUCUUCAACCUUCUCAGGAACAGGCACUUGAAGAAUUCUGGGUGAAUUUAAAGUUUUAAUCUUUUAAGCCUCUAAGUUUCCUCCAUAUAUUUACCUACAUAUCCCAACUUUGAAGCUUGGAUUCCAUAUAAACCAAAAUGACCACUUGUGUGUCAACAAUUUUCGCACCUUCUAAUACUAGAAACUCAGCAAGGGUGUUGACUGUUGGAGGAAGAAAUCUGACUGGGAAUUACCCUGGGAGAGCUUGUUUCAUGAAAAUGUAUGACCGCAGGAGUGGAUUUUCCAGUGGCAACCGAAUGUUGGGUUUACUUCAAAUUAAAUGUUCAUCCCAGAGUGUCAAUCCAUUCCAUAGUCAAGGCCCUUUUCUAGAUUUACAUCCUGAGGUGUCAAUGCUUAGAGGAGAAGGGAGCAGUACAGUAAACAGCCCAAGAAAGGACAGCUUAGGUGGGGAUUUAUCUGAGAGCCUAGGAACUACAUCUAUUCAAAGUGAUUACAAUGAAGCAAAGAUCAAAGUUAUUGGUGUUGGAGGUGGUGGGUCAAAUGCAGUCAAUCGCAUGAUAGAGAGUUCGAUGCAUGGUGUGGAGUUUUGGAUUGUUAAUACUGAUGUUCAAGCCAUGAGAAUGUCGCCUGUCUAUCCUGAGAAUCGUUUGCAAAUUGGUCAGGAGCUUACACGAGGUCUUGGCGCUGGUGGUAACCCUGAAACUGGAAUGAAUGCUGCGAAAGAAAGCAAAGAAUCGAUAGAAGAGGCAGUCUAUGGAGCUGAUAUGGUCUUUGUUACUGCCGGAAUGGGUGGGGGUACUGGCACAGGUGGAGCUCCAAUUAUUGCUGGUGUAGCAAAGUCAAUGGGUAUACUGACGGUUGGUAUUGUCACCACCCCUUUCUCAUUUGAAGGAAGAAAGAGAGCUAUUCAAGCCCAAGAAGGAAUUACAGCCUUAAGAGAUAAUGUUGACACGCUUAUAGUUAUUCCAAAUGACAAGCUACUAACAGCAGUUUCUCAAUCUACCCCUGUAACUGAAGCAUUCAAUCUGGCUGAUGAUAUCCUUCGACAGGGUGUGCGAGGCAUAUCUGAUAUUAUUACGAUACCAGGGUUGGUGAAUGUGGAUUUUGCUGAUGUUCGAGCUAUAAUGGCCAAUGCAGGUUCUUCACUAAUGGGGAUAGGAACUGCAACUGGAAAAUCAAGAGCAAGAGAUGCUGCAUUGAAUGCCAUCCAGUCACCUUUACUGGAUAUUGGUAUAGAGAGGGCUACUGGAAUUGUUUGGAACAUAACUGGUGGGACUGACAUGACAUUGUUUGAGGUAAAUGCUGCAGCAGAGGUUAUAUAUGACCUUGUGGACCCUACUGCUAAUUUAAUAUUUGGAGCAGUAAUAGAUCCAUCACUCAGUGGUCAAGUGAGCAUAACAUUGAUUGCAACUGGAUUCAAGCGUCAAGAGGAGAGUGAAGGGAGGCCCCUGCAGGCCAGUCAACUCACUCAAGCAGAUACAACCUUUGGCGUCAAUCGGCGACCUUCCUCUUUCACCGAUGGUAGUUUGUUUGAGAUACCUGAAUUCCUGAGGAAGAAAGGAGGUUCUCGCUAUCCAAGGACUUAAUACUCUUCCUAAUUUCUUCAACCCCUUGCAUUUCUUCAGCCUUGGAUAUACAUAACAUUGGUCUAGGUACUUGGUCCCUUUCUUGCCUUGGAUUUUAGACACAGCUGUGUAUACAGUUUGUUCAUUGAAGUUAAUUACUUUCCACUUUCCAGACUUGUGCGCCUAACUGGAGGUAUUGCAGCAUGGAUCCAUUUCUUGGCAUGUUUGAAUAAGUUUGUUAGCUUGUACAGAGAAUAUUUCAGUAAUGCUGAGAACUUGUUAUAGUUCUUUGGCUUGUUAUAGGAAAUUCAUUAUUGUGCUUCAGAGUAAUUA